AUGAGUUCCGCUGCUGCUCCAAAGAAACAUCAAAAAACCCAAUCAACUUAUGCUUUUGACACAACAGCAACCACUGUUGCUGCUUCUCAAAUGCGUAAUGCUUUGAAUAAGUUGGCUGAUACUGUUGAAGAUGAAGAAAAGCAACAACGUUUCGAAAACGAAAUGGACAGUUUCUUUUCUUUAUUUAGAAGAUACUUGACUGAAAAGGCCUCCGGUACUACUUUAGAUUGGGAAAAAAUUAGAUCUCCUUCUGCCGAUGAAGUUGUUGCUUACUCCAAAUUACCAGAAUUAGAAAACAAGAAUAACUUGUCUAAAUUGGCUGUUUUAAAGUUGAAUGGUGGUUUAGGUACUUCUAUGGGUUGUGUUGGUCCUAAAUCUGUUAUUGAAGUUAGAGAUGGUAACACCUUUUUGGAUUUGUCUGUUAGACAAAUUGAACAUUUGAAUAGACAUUACGAUGCUGAUGUUCCAUUAUUGUUAAUGAACUCUUUCAACACUGAUAAGGAUACUGAAAAGAUUAUCAAGAAAUAUCAAGGUCACAGAAUUAGAGUCAAGACUUUCAACCAAUCCAGAUUCCCAAGAAUUUACAAGGACUCUCUUUUACCAGUUCCAGAAUCAUAUGAUGAUUCUCUUGAAUCUUGGUACCCACCAGGUCACGGGGAUUUGUUUGAAUCCUUGGUUCAAUCCGGAGAAUUGGAUGCUUUAUUAGCUCAAGGUAGAGAAAUCUUGUUUGUUUCUAACGGUGAUAAUUUGGGUGCUACCGUUGACACCAAGAUUUUGGAUCACAUGAUUGAAACUGGUGCUGAAUAUAUUAUGGAAUUAACUGACAAGACCAGAGCUGAUGUUAAGGGUGGUACUUUGAUUAACUACGAAGGUCAAGUUAGAUUAUUGGAAAUUGCUCAAGUUCCAAAGGAACAUGUUGAAGAAUUCAAGAGUAUCAAGAAGUUCAAGUACUUCAACACCAACAACUUGUGGAUUAACUUGAGGGCUAUCAAGGAAUUGGUUGAAUCCAAUGCCAUUGAAGCUGAAAUUAUUCCAAACCAAAAGACAAUCUCCAAGGGUUCUUCUGACAUCAAUGUUUUGCAAUUAGAAACCGCUGUUGGUGCCGCCAUUAGACAUUUCAAGGGUGCUCACGGUGUUGUUGUUCCAAGAUCUCGUUUCUUACCAGUCAAGACUUGUUCUGAUUUAUUAUUGGUUAAAUCCGAUUUAUUCUACUUGGAAAGUGGUGCUUUGAAGCUAGACCCAACCAGAGAUGGUUUUGCUAACCCAUUGAUCAAGUUGGGCUCCCACUUCAAGAAGGUUAGUGGAUUCCAAUCUAGAAUUCCUCACAUGCCAAAGAUUUUAGAAUUGGACCAUUUAACCAUUACUGGUAAUGUCACUCUUGGUAGAGGAGUAACAUUGAAGGGUACCGUUAUCAUUGUUUGUAAUGAUGGAGAAAAGAUUGAUAUUCCAAACGGUUCUAUUUUGGAAAAUGUCGUGGUUACUGGUAACUUGACCAUCUUAGAACACUAG